CCUUCCCGCUUCCGGGCUCGCCCCUUCCCCUUCCGGGUGGCGGCGGCGGCCGAUCCCGGUGGGCGUCGAGCGGCCGCGCUGGGCCGCCCAGAGCAUGCGGAGGCCGUGGCCGCCCGGCCUGCACUAUGUGGUACAUCAUGCAGAGCAUCCAGAGCAAGUACUCGCUGUCGGAGCGGCUCAUCCGCACCAUCGCCGCCAUCCGUUCCUUCCCGCACGACAACGUCGAGGACCUCAUCGGCAGGGGAGCAGAUGUGAACUGCAUGCAUGGCACCCUGAAACCGCUGCACUGCGCGUGUAUGGUGGCUGAUGCGGACUGCGUAGAGCUGCUGCUGCAGAAGGGAGCGGAGGUUAAUGCCCUGGACGGCUACAACCGCACUGCCCUUCACUACGCCGCGGAAAAGGACGAGACCUGCGUGGAGAUCCUCCUCGAAUACGGCGCCAACCCCAACGCGCUGGACGGCAACAAGGACACCCCCCUCCACUGGGCCGCCUUCAAGAACAACGCGGAGUGCGUGCGGUCGCUGCUGGAGAACGGCGCCCUGGUGAACGCCCGCGACUACAACAACGACACGCCGCUGAGCUGGGCUGCCAUGAAGGGCAACCUGGAGAGCGUGAGCAUCCUGCUCGACUUCGGAGCCGAGGUCCGGGUGGUCAAUUUGAAAGGCCAGACCCCCAUCUCGCGGCUGGUCGCGCUGCUCGUCAGAGGACUGGGCACGGAGCGCGAAGAUUCCUGCUUCGACCUUCUCCACCGGGCUAUCGGACACUUUGAGCUACGGAAAAAUGGCAGCAUGCCCCGGGAGGUAACCAGGGAUCAGCAGCUCUGCGAAAAGCUCACCCUGCUCUGCUCUGCCCCGGGCACCCUAAAAACGCUGUCUCGCUACGCUGUGCGCCGCAGCCUGGGCGUGCAGUUCCUGCCGGAGGCCGUGAAGGAGCUGCCUUUGCCCGCGUCCCUGAAGGAAUACGUGUUGCUCCUUAGCUAAGCGAGAGGUGAGGCUGGGGGGGGGGCGGGGGGAGGAUUGCGCUUGGCUCGCAGCCCCGUUUCCCCCCCCCCCCACCCCUGCUUCAAGGGGCACCGAGAGUAACCAGAUAAAUUGCUUGGUUUGUGACUCAUGAAUGCCGGAUCCCCCUCCCGCCCCGACGGACAGGGGCCGACCGGUCGCCAUCCCGGGUUUCCUCCUGCUUUGCUCCUCUGUCCGACGCAGGGACAGCGGGAUCCUCUGGUGCCGCUCGUGUCUGCCAAGUGCAGUUUAUUUGCCUACUCAGCUCCUCCUGAGCUCUCUCCCUUCAGUUUUAGCCUCGAGCCACCUGCAUCCUCGUAAGACAACAUAUCCUCCUUUAAAAAAUGGCAAAUUGUAUCCCGGCAGUUGGAUUAACUUCCUUUUUUUUGAGUUGGGGCAGACCUUGGUGAGGGCAAGGCCCUUUUGGUGAGGGGAGAAGAACUGACAGAAUCUUCUUCGUUUGCUGAAGGACUUGAGGCAGGAAAUCGGGACAAAUCAGGCACGUUGCAGCGACGUGUUGGCAGGAAGUCCAGGGAAAAGCACACCCGAGCGCGCGUAUCGAGUCGUCGUAUCACAGAGCGGUGCGAGCUGGUGCCUUGGCUCGGCGCUACUGCCUGCGCGCAGCCGCCUGAGCACAGCACCCUGUGCUUGCUUGUCUGCAGCCCCUGAGGCUUUGUGCAGGACCCUGGACUUCCUUUCAACACAUGGGAGAGGUCUCUUUUUUUCUUUUUUUCUCCCUCUUCUCUGUAAUUUUUAAGACCUAUCAGCCUUUUCAAGGGGAAGGGGGUGGGAUAGAGGAGCCCGCAGCGCGUGGCAUACCAAGCACGACCGCUGGGAACGCUGAGGGAAGCGUCUGGAUGAAGGUGCGAGUUGGUCGCUGCGGGGAUGCUCGUUCGGAGUGAAUUACUGUGGUUGCUGGAGCCAGACUGGAGCGAGCGCACCGAUCCCUGCUGCCUGGUCAGGGCUGGUGCCUACCAGAACGCUGCUCUGGGGCAGAGAAGCGAUCGCAGCCCUGCUCUCGUUGCUCUCCGCUCUGCAAGUUUGGCAUCCUGAGGUUGUAAUUCCUGCCAGCAGAAAGAUUCCCCUUGCUCCCCGGAGUAGCUUUACUCCGAGCGCGGGAUGCUCCGUGCCCCUGACCUGAGGGGCUGGCUCGUACGUGCCACGCAGUAGCCCAUCUGAGCUCUUCCUUAGUUUGCCGCUUCGGUUUCGCACUGUCCGCUCACUUCACUGCUGAUUUUUUUAUUUAUGUAUAUAUGUGUAUUUUUGAAGGUGAUACAUAAACACGUCGGCAGCACGUCCGUGUGGGAAGCUGAGCAGGAAUUCCUCAGGUAGUGCCCUCUCUGUUUAGCAAGUUUUGCUCUCAAAAGGAGCGUUCCCAGCACAUACUGUAACCGUGGACGGAGAGGCAAAAGGCUCCGAAAGAAGGAAAACAAGGCGAUCUCCUCUCAAAAUACUGCCAGAGCUUGCCGGGCACGGAGCUGCUGCCUGCCGCCUGGUUGUAGUAUCUCAUGUGUCUGCGUCUUGUAUUCACAGAAAUAAAUGGCUCCCCGCAA